AUGCCAUCAUCUCAGUUCCUGCACGCCGUGAGUCUUCCGGAGUUCUUUGCGGAUGGAUUCGCGUUGGCAACUUCCUCCUCCCCAUCGUCGUCGCCACAGCACCCCACAGGGUGCGAAGCGAGGGCCUCCGCAGCAACAACAGCCAUGGCUGUGCAGCAACAGCAGCAGUGGCCCCGGUGCGCGGUGUGUGUAGGCCCCACUGCUGGGACGAAGCGUGCACGGUCGUUGGGGAGUCUGCCGAGUACGCACGGCAUCACCCCCAGCAGUGACCACACAAUAGACUCCACUGACGCCAACAUUGCCCAUGACGCCGAUGUCGCGAAGCUGCGGGCCAUCCCUGAUGGUGACAGUCUCCUCCUGCUCGCACCAGCCGCCACGUCGCUGUUCCGCAUGGAGCCGUGCGGUUCCUGGUCAUUCACCUCGCAACCCGGUGUGACGGAUGAAGGUGAUACCGUGGCCUGUGCAGAAGCGCAUCAGACUGGCGAUCUCGCCACGUUGCUGCACGCCGUCCUGCAGCAGUGCUACAGAACGGAGGACGAAUUGCAGAAGCGGUGGCGAGAGGAGGAGGAAGAGCGGGAGCGGGCAGGCGCGCAGCAGGAGGACGCAGGCACUGUGAUGGCUCGCGGCGGUUCGACCUCCCCAUCGAGUCCAUUUGAGCGCAUGGUGGACCAUAUCCUUGCGCAGAAGCGGCGAAGACGCCACCAGUCGCAGCGGUUGGAGAGCCAGAUGCGGGACAUUGCACGAGUGAAGGAGCUGCCUCUCAUCGUGGAGGAUGCGGUGUGCUACGCUCACCAGAUCAUGGAGUGGUGCGGUAAGAGUGGCAACAGCAGCAGUAGCAGUAGCAGUGGUGGGUGUGGUGGUGGUAGCGUCUGCCACGCUGAGGCGAAUGUGGUAAACUCAGAGGCCUCUUCCCCUGAAGAGAACCCCAUCACCACGGCAACGGGGCCGGUGUGUGCAGGAACCACCAGCGCCGAUACUCGGGAGGGGGGUCAGAUGUUGUACGCCAAGUUCCCACCGCCGCUUUUUCGGACCUCGUCCUUCGCAGCAGGUGUGGCGCGUCUCCUCCGGUGGGUGCGGACGUGGCAACGGGCUUCCCCCACAGAGGCCGCAUCAGCCAAGACCUCUCGUGGUGAGCAAGGGGACGGGAGCCGGAGCCGCCGCGACAGAAGCACCAGUGGGAUGAAGGGGAAAGGAGCAGCAGCAAAGGGGGCGUCGAACAAUAAGGCGGUACUAAGACUCGAAUCGGCGUCACGCCAACGGCAGGGGAAUGGUGGCCGGCGCCAUCUGGACGAGAGUGAAAGCAUAAGCAGCAGCAGCAGCAGCUCACUUAGUGGUGAGACGAUGCCGAAGGAAAGCAUCGAUGGACGUGUAUCUGCUUGUGCGGACCGUAGCAAGACGGAGAACUCCUUUCAUAAGCGCUCGGCUCUUCAGCGGUACCGUAACAAGUGGGUUCUCAUGGCAGACAAGACGCUUGGUGAAAAAAGCAACAGCAACAGAGGCGGUGGGGGAACUGGUGUGUUGACCCCCAACGCUGGUUCCCCGUUGGGGCAAUGCGAUGAGGUGGAGUAUGGGCUCACAAGUGAUCAUGUCAUGUACGAUGAGUACGGCAACCGUCUCCGCAGUGUACGACUGGCGCGGAAGAUGGCGGAGCAACGUGCACAGGAGGAAGAAGUGCAGAAGAUGCGGGAGCAGCGGCGGGGGUACUUUGCUCGUGCCGAUGAAAUUACCCGCGCGACACGGCGAGCUCUUUUCAACAGUCUCAGUGACAAUGACAGUGAUGGCACGAGCGAUGACGCAAACGACGACGUGACCAACAUCGCAGUGCUGCACGGCCCCUGUGGUGUUGGGAAGACGGCGAUUGUCUACCUUGUGGCGGAGAUACUUGGCUACCGCGUGGUUGAAAUGAACACCUCCGUACGACGCUGCCCAAAGAACAUUGAUCGCCUUCUGUCGGAGUUGACACGAAGCCGGCGACUUAGCGGUCUUGCCGCAGGGAAGGCGGUUGUCAGCAUUGAGGAUGAAUUGAAGAAGCUGAAGAGUGAGCAUGCUGCUGCUGCAGCAGCGGUGGCAGUAUGCCCAAAGAAGACGAGCCAGAAGAAGUCUAACGUCAUCUCCGCAAAGGCAGUGGCCGCGUUCUUCAAGCCGCGUGUCAAAGCGGCGCCGUCAGACGAAUUUAUUCAUGUUGACGUGGAUCACACCACAGAUACAUCCAAGACGGAAACAAAAACAGCAGCAGCUGCAGCAGCAGAUGUAGAGGUGAUCGUGGACGACGGAUGCAAGCAUGGCAGGAACGAUGCGAAAACAAAUACUGCGCUGGAUGUGGCGGUGGCACCAGCGGCGGGAACAGCAGCGUCUUCUAACGGAGGUCGAGAGGGUGCCACGCAAACACUGCUGCUCUUUGAGGAUGCGGACGUUAUCCUGGGCGACGAGGCGAUGAAGCCGUUUUACGCUGCUGUUCGCGACCUAGCGCAGCGCAGCAAGGUCCCUAUUGUUGUGACUGUGUCAUCUCCCGCGUCUGUUGGUGGUUCUUCUGGCCGUUCUUCCACAUCAGUGGCGCAUGACCCUGAUGCGGUCCAUGUUGUACCGAUGGGCGCAGCACAGGUAGCGCAUUUUUUAGGGAAGCAGACCCCAUUCACUGGCAUUGAACCCAUGGCCCGUAGCACUCUUUUCGCGCAGCUUCUCGUGGUGGCAGCUGUGGAACGGGGCCUACUCUCGUUGCAGAGUGAGGUGGCAGUGGGCUGCGCGUCUUCAGUCCCCUCCUUCAGUGAGGAAGGGGAGCAGGCAGUUGGAGCGGUGGUGGUGAGGGAUGUGGCAGAGUUUCAGCGACUGGCCGAUGCCUUGCGGCGGGAGGUGUACGGUGAGGAGGGAGAAUCGCAGUACAUGGCUGCGAGGGAGCACCACACAGACAUGCGGCAAUGGCUGAAUCGUCUGCACUAUCUCCUACUGGAAGAGCAGUGGCCGUCGAAGGCAUCGUCAGUGCCACAAUCACUUGCUGCUGCUACGGUCUCUUGCGACGAUGACGGCGGCGGCGAUGACAGUGACAGCGGUAAGGUGACAUGCAUUUUGCCCACACAUGUAAAGGAGCGGGGCAGUGCAUUGGAAGCAUGCAACGCGCAGAGUGAGUGGGACACAUGUUUGGGCCGUGUGCUGCGAGCCCCAAUUUGCGCGUCCCCCGCGGUGCCAUCUUCGUGGGAGUAUCAUCAGUUUCAAUACGCGGAAGAGAUCGCGGCGGCGGUCAACGGCAGUGAUACGUGGGGUGACAACCUCAUUGGCGAGAUGCGAAGCAACAAUAACAACAACAACAACGGUGAUCCUCCGCAACUCUCUUUGCCCGUUAGGGCUGUGCUUCCUCCUGAGGGGUUAACAGACGUCCUUCGCAAGACUGUUUGUGAUGUGCAUGGCCGAUGCAAAGCAGCUAUGCCUUUUGAUGGGGUGCGCGACUACAGCACGACGAGCGACCGCUUAGACGCGUUCGGUGGUUGGUGGCGCCGCACGAGAAGGGCCGACGCCGCAAAGCUCUUCGUCGCUGCCCGCAGCGCGGACGCCUACGAGGAUAUUAUAGGGUUUGGCAGCUUGCUGCAGCAGCAGCAGCAGCCCUCCGGUGCGGGGAAGUCGGUCAGCGGGUGA